AUGGCUAGUCCGCCAGUUCUAGCUUUCGAUGCCGAGGGCCGUCCAGUGAAGUUCGAAACCUGGCUAGAUGACCUGCACCUGUUCCUACAGCUCACUGCCAAGGAAGAUAUCUCACUGUACGACCACGCCCUAGGCCAUGCCACUGCCCCUGACUCGACUGCUGACAGCACUCUGCGUUCCCAGUGGCAGACCCGUGAUGCGCACGCUCGCUUUGCUAUUCGCAACUCCCUGCCGCUAGACGAGCGCGAGCACUUCGGCCAGUGCAAGACUGCUAAGGACCUCUACACCGCUGUAGUUGCCCGCUACUCCUCGCCAGCUUCUGCCACGCUAGGCCGCCUCACUCUCCCCUACCUGUUCCCCGACCUAGCCUCCUUUCACACUGUCGCAGACCUCAUCACCCACCUUAAGACUAGUGAGGCCCGCUUUCGCGCUGCUAUGCCUGCCGAGUUUCUCACUAGCAACCCCCCCCCGCUCUGGAUCACUCUCUACCACAUCGUCACCCGCCUUCCUGACUCUCUGCGCGCAGUCAGGGACCACUUCCUCUCUCGCUCCCCCACUGAGCUCACUGUUGCCCUCCUCGAGAAGGAACUGCUUGCAGCUGAGGCGAGCAUCGUCGCUGUAGGCACCUCUCGUGGCGACCCCCGCACCCCGUUCUUUGAGGGGUGUUCCCCUUCCCCCCUCCUCCCCUCUGUCGCCUCUGCUGCUGCUGUCGACCUUCUUGGUGCUGAGAAGGUCGGGACCGCGUCUGCUUCGAGUGGGCGCCGCAGGAACAAGGGGGGCAGGGGUGGGGGUGGCGGCGGAGGAGGUGGGGGUGGAGGCGGUGGGAGUGGAGGCGCGGCUGGGGAGACUAGUGGCGGCAGUGGGGGAGGAGACAGCAGCGGUGGGAGUGGUGGUGGAGGCGGCAGCGGAGGCGGAGGUGGUCGUGGCGGCGGCAGGGGUGGCGGCGUUGGGGGUGGUGGUCGUGGAGGCACUAGCGGAGGGCAGAGUCAGCAGCCCGCCCCGACGCUUCAGGCCGCCCGUGAGUGGUAUGCGCAGCGUAGCUUUACCUGCACGUACGUCAUUCGCACAGGUGACCGCAGCGGCCAGCAGUGUGGGAGGCCGCACCCCACGCAGCGUUGCUUCGCGCGCCUUAACGACGCGUGGCGCACUCAGUUUCCUGCUGCCACUGAGCUGCCGCGCUGGGCUGAUCUGGAAAAGAGGGGUGUUGAUAUUUGUGCUUUUGACUUUGAUGCUAUUCUCACUGCCAUGUAUGCGAUGUCUAUUAGUGGAGAGGGUGCUCAGUACUUGCGUGUUCCGCCCGACCCGGGCAUUCAGGCCAGUCCGGCUGCCGCUCUAGGUGCUAGUGCGUCUCCUCCCACAGGUCCUGGUGAGGCUGCAGCCCUAGGUGCUCGUGCGUCCGUGCCCCCUGGUACUGAGUCGACUGCAGCACUGCACACCUUCACCCUGGACUCAGGUGCUUCUCGCUCUUUCUUUCGUGACCGCACUGUCCUUGAGCCACUCGCUCGGCCAGUUGCUGUCUCCCUUGCUGACCCCUCUGGGGGUCCGGUCAUUGCGACCUCCUCCACUGUCCUUCCUUGUCCGGCGGUCCCGUCCGGCACGCUGUCAGGUCUCUACCUCCCCUCGUUCUCUACGAACUUGGUGGCAGGUAGUGCGCUCCAGGACGGGGGUGUUCACCAGUUCACCCCUGCCUACGAGCGCGUGACCCACUGCACGUGUGCUCGGACGGGUCGCCACCUGGCUACCUUCACUCGGGAGCCGGGGUCGGACCUUUACACACUGACCACUGACUCCCCUCAGGUAGCUGCGUCCGCGUCUGCGUCUGCGUCAGGUCAGCUGUCCGCCCCCUACUCGUGUCGCUCUCUGGUGCAUGAGACUGUCCUUUGGCACCACCGCCUUGGUCACCCGUCUGUGCAGCGCCUUCGGGCCAUGCACAAACGGGACCUUGUUGCUGGGCUUCCCAGGGUGCUCCCUCCCCUUCCAGCCUCACCUGCUCCUCCCUGUCUUCCCUGUGUCGAGGGGCGGCAGCGCGCCGCUCCUCACUCCUCCUCCUUUCCCCCGACGACUGCUCCUUUGCAGACGCUCCACAUGGACGUGGCCAGGCUCAGUGAGCGUUUCCACUCCGACUUCCCUGUCCUGCGUCUGCACUCUGACAGAGGUGGAGAGUUUUCCUCUGGCCUCUUGGAGGCCUUCUGUCAGCAGGAGGGCAUUGAGCAGUCGUUCACGCUUCCGGCCUCUCUACAGCAGAAUGGGGUUGCUGAGCGCCGCAUUGGCUUGGUCAUGGAGGUCGCUCGUACCUCCUUGGUUCAUGCGGCUGCCCCCCACUUUCUGUGGCCGUUUGCAGUCCGAUACGCUGCGCAUCAGCUCAACCUCUGGCCCCGUGUCUCCUUGCCCGAGACUUCUCCGACACUGCGUUGGACGGGAGAGGCUGGCGAUGCGUCGCGUUUUCGGGUCUGGGGAUCCCGAGCUUUUGUCCGCGACACGUCCGCGGACAAGCUCUCCCGUCGCGCUGUCCCCUGCGUCUUCCUUGGCUUUGUCCCGGACGCCCCUGGUUGGCAGUUCUACCACCCCACCUCGCGGCGUGUCCUGGCCUCUCAGGACGUCACUUUUGACGAGUCCGUCCCCUACUACCGCCUCUUCCCCUACCGCACUGCCCCGCUCCCCCCCCCGCCGCUCUUCCUCGCUCCAGGUGCUGAGGUACCAGACCCCCUCCCCCCUCAGGGUGCCGCUCCCUCAGGUGUGUCCCAGGUAGACCCGGGUGAGCCUGUCGAGGUAGCUGUUGACUCUCGUCCUGCUCGGGGUACUGAGCCUGGGGGUGCUGCGUCUGGGGGUGCUGAGCCUGGGGGUGCUGCGUCUGGGGGUGCUGAGCCUGGGAGUGCUGAGUCUGGGGGUGCGGAGCCUGGGGGUGCUGAGCCAGGAGGUGCGGAGCCUGGAGGUGCGGAGCCUGGAGGUGCUGAGCCUGGGGGUGCUGGGUCUGGGGGUGCUGCGUCUGGGGGUGCUGAGCCUGAGCGUGCUACACCUGGAGGAGCCCUCUCCUCCCAGCAGCUGCAGGAGAGGUACCUCGAGUACUGCCGCCUCCGGAGAGGUGCUGCUGGAGCUCGUCCCGGUACUUCCCCUCCUACCCAGGAGCUCCCCCCCAUUCAGCAGAUCCGCGAGUGGUACACACGGCGCUGCAGUCUUCGGAGUGGUGCUCCUGGUGCUGCGGACUUUGGGGGUGGCGCUGCUGCUGGUGCUGAGGACCCGGACGUGGGAGCUGCUGCUGGUACUGCGGACCCGCCUGGUGGAGCUACUGCUGGUGCUGAGGACUCUGACGUUGGAGCUGCUGCUGGAGCUGAGGACCCGGGCGGUGGCGCUGCUGCUGGUGCUGAGGACCCGGACGGUGGAGCUGCUGCUGGUACUGAGGACUCGGACGGUGGAGCUGCUGCUGGAGCUGAGGACCCGGGCGGUGGCGCUGCUGCUGCUGCUGAGGACCCGGGCGUUGGAGCUACUCCUGGUGCUGAGGACCCGGCCGGUGGAGCUGCUGCUGGUGCUGUGGACCCGGCCGCUGGAGUCUCCUCUGCUUCUGGAGACGCUGCGCGGCCGCGACCGUACUUCGUACCGCUCCUUCAGCAGGUUCUUGGGCAGGCUCCUCCUCCUUGUCCUCCUCCCUCUGUAGAGUGUCCUCUGCCUGUCCAGCCGCAGUCACAGUUACCGCCUACCUCGCCUCUUCCUGCUCCCUCUCCUUACACUGGUCCCACAGGAGGUCUUACAGAGCGUCGUGAGCCUGAGUCUCGUCCUGCGUCGCCUGUUCGUCCUGCUCGCACUGGUAGUCGUGUCCGUCGUGAGCGUCCUCCUCCUGUCCCAGGCACUCACUACAUGACUCUGCGUCCCUCUACUGCUCCUCAGCGUGUCCCUCUACCGUCUCCUCCUGCGUCUUCUUUGCCUCACGUUCCGGACCCUGAGUCUGACCGGUACCGUGCUGAGCACCCUACUGUCACGCGUCUCCUUGCUACUGUUGUCACUGACCCUACCUUUGAGUCCUCGACUGCGUCUGCUCUGGUCGCUGAGUUGGUUGACUUUGCUGCUGCCUGUCGUCUAGACUACGCUGCUAGCCUUGUUGCGGAGCCUGAGUCUGAGUCUGUCUGUCCUCCGUCCGUCGGGGGUGAGUGUGCUCUUGGCACGGACGUCCUUGAGGACAGACAGGAGGAGUUCCAGUGUCUUGCUGCUGCUUUGCCCCGUCUCGUGUCCUUGCUAGUUGCCCCUGAGGGAGACCCGGAUGCACCAGACAUCCCGACCCCGCGCACUUACGCUGAGGCGAUGGCGGGUCCCUACUCCUCUCAGUGGCAGACAGCCAUGGACGCCGAGAUGGCCUCCUGGAAGUCCACAUGCACCUACGUCGACGAGGUUCCCCCUCCUGGGGCGAACAUCGUCAGUGGCAUGUGGAUUUUCAGGGUGAAGCGGCCGCCGGGUUCUCCGCCUGUCUUCAAGGCGCAUGACUACUCUUCGGGUGCUACUGCACAUAGCCGCUCACCGCGACUACGAGCUUCACUCACUUGA